AUUAAGUAGACAAAUCCGAUAUCUAACACAUUUUUAGUGCAAUAUUUAGUUUACUAUUAGUUUAAUUUUUACUUUUUUUUCAUUUUUAACGCGAAACAUCAAAUUUUAAAACACGUUUAUUUUCAUUUAUCAAAUAAAUCUGCGCUGCAACAAAUACACUUUUAAAUUAAUAUAUUUUGUUUUGUUUUUGUAUCAGAAGCAAUAAAUUACAGAAUAAUUAAUUUUUUGGUGUACAAACAUAUUUUACACCUUUCUGGCAACACUAUGAUGUUUUGAGCAACUACACGGCGAAUUGAACUUGUUCCUACGCAAAGGCGACAGAUAUAUUUAGAUCGCUAUCACUAUCGCCUUUUCUCAUUAGCAAUGUAAAGCGUGUUUCCCUACAUUUAACACAUACGCUUUGUCUUUUAUUUUCGGAAAGUACAUGGAAAUCGCCUAAAGACGGCGCUUGAGCGAAUUUCGUAAUUUUUCCUCGCCGUGGUCAUCGUUUUCGUCGUUGUGUGGUUUAGUUUUUGCUGGUUGCGGCUCUAUCUCUUUUUUGUCUACGGUGCGAUUAUAUUUUGACACACACGGUUCAUAUAAUUCACGUUCUAAUAGACACGCUAGAAAAACGCGCUGCGCUUCAUUCUUGAUUCGGUUUUUAUCAGUGAAGUAUGCCUUCUGCUUCAAACAAACUGGAGAAACAAGCCUCCAUAGGCUCUGUGCAUGGUACUGGCGGUGGUAAUAAUGGUACUGGUGGCGGUGCCACAAAAAAGUCUCAAGAUGUGAUCAAUAGCAACUCCAACGCUGUGCCCGAGAAUAAUACGACUAUCACAAGCUUGAAUAAUAAUAUUGCCAACAGUACUACUAAUGAGGGUUCGGUUACCUCCACCAGCACCAACACAAAAGGAGUUACUGCGAAUCCUGUGUUGGAAGCCAAUAUUCCAAUGAAACAAACGAUCACCACAAUUGACCAUAAGAUACGCAAUUUGGAGAAACGCAAGACUAAAUUGGAAUCAUAUCGUACCAUUCAAGCUUCUGGCAAGGAGUUGAGCUCCGACCAGAAGGCUGCUGUAGCAAAGUAUGACGCUGUUAUUGCUAUGUUGGAAUUCGCCCGCGAUUUCUCCAAGCAAAUGUGGCAAUUUGUGAAAGAAGCUGAAAAAGAGCAAAGGAAACAAGCACGCAAGGAUCUGAUUACACGUGCCCUUGCUGAGACUGCCAAAAUUCGUGAAGCUUUAGUUAUCGAAAAUAUUAUCAAUUGCUUCACAGAUGAGACCAUACGUGCCGACUUUGUAAACGGUGCCAAUGGCGCAUUGAAAUUGGAAACUGCCGAUAUCACUAUUUUGGAUAAAUUUUGCUGCGAUGUACGUACGACCCGUCCCGAAACUGCAGAUGAUGUACCGUUCGUGACUGCCGCACAAAAAGCGGCCGAACUCUAUUCAAUGACCAUUGACGGACGCCCCAAGAUCUAUGCGGAAAACUUUACAUAUGAUCAAAUACGUUUAAUCUUCAAUAAAAUUCAGGAAUCUGGUUAUCUUGAUAAGAUCUAUAUGGCUACACCAGAGGCAGAGGUUGAGGUCAAGCAAGAGGAGGAAGUGUUUAGCAAUGCUGCCGACGGUGAAGAUGUGGAAAAUACAGACGAGCUAUAUUUAGAGGAAGGAUUGGAGAAGUUAAACGUCUCAUCUAUGGAGGUAGAAGACGAUUUGGAUGAGCAGAAUGCCAAUGUUGGGUUAGCUGAGGAUGACGCUUUGCAGGCGACAAAUGCUGGUCUUGCUAAUGAUAUCCCGCUGCAGCAGUCGCAGCAACAACAGCCAAACUUGCCCCAACAAUUAGUGUCACAGCAAACGACAACUAAGGAGCACCUUGAUGUACAACAACAGGUACAGGCCGGUAUUCAACCUCCACAAACACAACAACAACAACCACUAAAUGCAGUUGUAAUACAACCAACAAAUGCUGUAGCUGGUGCCGUACCCCCCAAUUUCCAAGCACCACUACAGGGUGCAGGCGCCGCACCGGUGCAUGUAGCCAUGUUCACAGCGCAGCAAAUGCAGGGAGCACCACCACAGAUGCAACAGGUGCCACCAGGCAGUAUUAUCGGUGUACCACAGGUACCACCACAAAUGGUGCCAAUUGCACAAGCGCCACCGCAGCAACAGCGUCAGUUGAUGACUAGCCCAGGCACACAAGCCGCCGCUGCACAGUUACCCCAGGGAGCUAUACCCAUACAUGGAGCACCACAACCACCACCAGGACAUUUUACGCCAACAACAGUGCGUGCUGUUGAACAGGGUUUGUUCCCACACAAUCGUCAACAAUUCAUACAACAACAAAUGCGUCCCGUAGCGGAGAUAAUUGGCAAUGGUAGUUUUUACUUUUUGCAAGAGAGCGAACUCGAUUCACCAGAAUUAGCUGGCAAUGCACCCAUUGGUAGUGUCGUGUUCGAACAGCACCAACAACCACCGCCACAACAAACCCAGCAACAGCCACAAAUUACACAGGAUAGUCUCUCGCAAGCCCAACAACAAAAUAUAUUAGUUCAUGGUGGUGAGUUGCAAGCAGCAGAGCUGCACAAAAAUCAACAGCAACACCAUUUGCAACAACAGCAGCAAAUCAUACAACAGCAGCAGCAACAACAACAAUCACAACCGCAACAAACAAUUCCAACGCAAACGUUUACCAACCAAUCAUUCCCACCCAUGCAGCCGGCCGCCGCAAGUGUUGCUGCACCAACAAGUGCCAACAGCAGCAAUACGCCCACACUAGCGAGCAACAACCCGAGUCCUAUGUUUCCACAACAACAACAAAAGCAUCCACAAUUGUUCUCGCCUGUCGGUGGUCCGGGCAUGCAGCCACAAGAUGCGGUCACAGCCCAUAAACAACAGUUGUUGCUUACCGAACAACAGCAGCAGCAGCAACAACAAGCACCCAUUAUGAUAAUGGCACGAAUGGCCGCACCGCAAGCACGUCUGGCACAACAACAAUUGCCACAAGUACCACAGCAAGCACAACAGCCACAACCAACAUUAGGUAUGCAACCAGGUGAUGUACGCGUGUCGGAUGUAACCGCUGCCGGUUAUCUGGGCUUCGAUAAUGGAGUCGUCGGCUUAGCAUACGAGCAACAAAUGCAACAGCAACUAGCCGUGGUGGCCAAAGCGAGUGCUGCUGCCGCUGCCGCCGCUGCAGCAGCCGCAGCUGCGGAGGAACUAAAAGUAAGCGAAGACAUGGGCACACACAGCAAGUUCAAUGCCAGCGAAUCGGUGAUAGCCAACGAAUGGGAUGCCAUGUCCAAAGCCAAUGCCGUCAGUGUACGUGCAGCCGCCAACAUCAGCAGCAAUGCAGUCACCAAUGCUUCAGCCACAGCAGCGCUUGCCAAUGCUUUGAAAUCCACGAGUGGUGUCAGCAGUAGCAGCAGCGUUGCUGGCGCAAGCAGCGUCUUGGAGCCGCCCACUAAAUGGAGCGCCGAAAUGAAUGCACUGUCCAACCCAUCGACACCGAGUGGCAACAGCGACAACACGCCAGCUAUUGUACGCAAAAUUGAAUGGACAUCCAGCAACAGUAGCGGUGGUGCAGGUAACGGCGGCUCGGCCGGACCCAGCGUCGGCGGCGGUAGUGCUGGUGGUUAUGGCGAUAGCAACCAGUCAUCGGGUAGCGCACAUGAAUCCAAUCAUUGGAAUUCAAAUCAACAGCAAGAUGGUGGCCACUACAACAACGGACGACAGUUCCAAAGACGUCGCGGUCGCGGCAGUUACGGUAAUUCGCAACAGAACGGCAGCGGUCGUGGCGGCAGUGCCAUCUACUUCCGCAACAAUGAAAAUUCAUCGAGCGGCUCGUAUUAUCAGAACGGCGGCGGCAAUGUGUACUCAAACAAGGAUUCCGGCUCGCGCUACGAUUCGGGCAACUAUCGUGGCCCGCGUGGUAGCGGCGGCGGUGGUGGCGCCGGUAACGGACGUGGCAAUGCGCCACCUUCGCGUACGCUGGGUGGACGCAAUGGCAGUGGCGGCCAAUCCAACCCAUCGUCCAGCUCAUAUAUUAAUCGCUCAUCGCAGCGCAUACCAAUGGGUUUGGACAAUAAAAAUUGAUUGAAAUAGUUGCCAAGAAAGCAGGAAGUGCGGGUGUGUGAUGAAAACGAAACGAAGCAGCAUUGAAGCAGAAGGCAGAAUGAUGAGAACCACUUAAGAAUCGUAAAUAUAUAUGUAUCUACACACAUAUAUAUAUAUAUAUAUAUGAUGGAAACAAAAAAAAAAAAGAAAAAGGAAAUACAUAAACACACGAAUAUAUACACAUACAUUUACAUAUAUACACUGAAAACAAAAAAACAAUAACAAAACAAACAAAAAAUUUUACCUUUAAUUAGUAGUGUGACGAAAGUCAAAGCUCUGCAGUACACAGUGGCAACAGCGGCCACCAAAAACCAACCGAGCAACUGCAACAAUUGAACGUAAACAAAUACGCGCGCGCGUUAACAAUUAAUUUCGUAAACAAAACUACACAGCUAUUAAACAAACAAAAAAACACAAAAAAAUGGGAGAAACAAGUGAAAGCAAAAACAAAACAAGGAGAAGUACAGAAAACGAGAAAAAGCAAAAAAUAUAUUAUAUUUAAAGAAACGCAAAGAAAACUUAUGCUAAUUUCAAUUACAGAAAUACUUAUUUAUGUUCAUUUUUUUCUAAUAAAUAAAUAUUAUAAAUGUAUGUAAUUGCUCUUUCAUCAUGUAAGCCAGCAAACGAAAGUAUGAAGCAGCAAGUUGAAUGUAUGAAAUCAGUUUAAACAAAAACAAAAGCAAAAAAAGUAAAUAUAAAAAAAUAAAUGACACAAUUAUGCGAAAAAAAUCUCAAAUAUUGCACGACGCACAACAAAAAAAUGCAAAUUGCAGCAACACAGCGUAGCUUCGCAACCCAAUUGACAGCUGCUGCUGCUGUCCAAAGCUACGCAAUGCAAAAGUUACAGCAAUGAUAAUUUGUAAAAAAAAA